AUGGAGAAGGGCGGCGGCAAUGUACUCAACUUGACAGUCUCCAAUGCACCCACAGAUCUCAAAGCGGGAGAGAUUGUAGACCUUGAUCAAGCCGAAAUCUUUCUCCAAAAACACAACAUCACCCACCACGACCUCAACGCCCUCCUCCAAGACUCGCAAGGAAUGAAAAAACUCCUCCGCAAAGUCGACUGGCUCCUCAUGCCCCUCCUCUGCGGAACUUUUCUCCUGCAAUACAUCGACAAACAAUCUCUUUCCUACGCCGCAGUCUUUGACCUGUUCGAAACCACACACACGACACAAGCCGAAUACUCGUGGUUAAUUUCCCUCUUCUACUUUGGCUACUUGGUCGCAGAAUGGCCCGCAUCCUAUCUCGCGCAAAAACUUCCCACGGGAAAAGUCGUGUCCGUUACCGUCAUCAUUUGGGGUUCCAUUUUGAUGUUGAUGACGGCUUGUCACAAUUUUCAAGGCUUGGCUGCUUGUAGAUUUUUCUUGGGAUGUUUCGAAUCCAUGAUUACGCCCGUGUUUAUGAUGAUUGUGGGACAGUGGUAUCAACGAUCCGAGCAGUCGGUUCGAGCAGGCCUCUUUUACUGCUUCAAUGGCGUGGGAGCUUCCACGGGAGGGAUUCUGUUUUUCGCGGUCGGUCAAGGCAAAGGGUUUGAAGUGUGGCGAAGCAUUUUCUUGCUCGCGGGAGGGUUGACAGUGUGUUGGGGAAUUUUAUUGCUGUUUUUCCUUCCGGAUAAUAUUAUGGAAGCCAAACGAUUCAGCCAGCAGGAAAAAGCCAUGUUGAUUGCACGCUCGCAACAAAACCAAACCGGCGUCUUCAACAAGAAAAUCAAAAUUUCCCAAGUCAGAGAAGCUCUCCUGGACCCUCAAAUCUGGCUUCUCUUCCUCUUCGUCCUCCUCAACGAAACCGUCAACGGCGGAAUCGCCAAUUUCUCCAAACUCAUCAUCAAAGGCCUCGCAGACGGCGACUCCCUCCUGACGACCGCCUACGGCAUUCCCACAGGAAUUUGGCAAAUCGUCUUCGUCUUCAGCGGCCCCUGGCUCGCGGGGAAAUUCACCAAUAUUCGCACUUACAUCAUGGCCAUUUACGUCCUCCCCACCAUCCUCGCCACCGCCUUGCUCUGGCAAUUACCGCAUACUGCUGAACACAGCAAAGGGCUGCUCGUGUGCAAUUACAUUUCUGGCUCCUUUGUCGCUAGCCUCGUUAUUGCUUUGCAGUUACCUGCGAAUAACGUCGGAGGCUACACGAAACGCGUGACGUCCACGGCACUGGUCUUUUUGGCAUAUUGCGCGGGAAAUAUUAUUGGACCGCAUGCAUUUUUGGCGCACGAGGCGCCGGUUUAUCAGACGGGUUGUAUUGUUACUAUGUGCUGUGCGGCGGGUCAGGUUGUGUUGUCGUUUAUGAUUCGUGCGUUGUUGAUUAGGAGGAAUCGGAAGAGAGAUGACUUGUUUGGUGAGGCGCCGAUGGGUCAGGCUUUGACUGAGGCGGCGAUUGAGGAUGUGACGGAUUUUCAGAAUAUGGGGUUUAGAUAUAGUUAUUGA